AACUGUGAACAAAGUUAUGCACAGCUAAAUUGAUAUAAUAUCGGCUUUUUUAUUGACAAGUGAUUUCACUGAUAUCAAAAUUAAAUAAUGUUGAUAAAACUCCAAUUAAAUAAGAAAAAUGUUUUUAAAAUUAUUGAUGCGUUCUUUGGCUGCAGAAAGACAUGAUAAAUUCUGGAUGCUUUAUCGUCAUUUGUAUUCCACCAAUAAUGCUAUGAAUGAUCUGAUACCUGGGAUAUCAUUAUUUCAAAUAAAACAAUUUUUGAAGCAAAAGUAUAUUGCCACUGUCGAAGGACAUACAUGUAUAAUCAUUGAGUGUCCUAUAUGCGAUUCUGAAAAAUCUAUAAAGGCAAAGGUUUAUAUUAAUAAGACAACAGGAUACUUUAUAUGUGAUAAGUGCAGUUCUAAGGGAGAAUGGAAUAUAUUAGAGAAAUUUUUGUCAUUAACAAAAUCAAACAAAACAAAUAUGCAAGAAGAAUUGGAAACUUUGAGAAAAAAAGUACAAGUUUACAAAGAUUAUGCUUCAAAAUGGAAUUAUAUAAAAAAAUCCAAUCACCAAAUUGCAGAUUUGUCAUCAGAGUCAUAUGAAAGAGUUUUGAAUAUAUUCUCCCUUCCGAGAAUUUCACAAGAGGACAUUUUACAAUUAAAUAGUGUUUAUGCAGCUACACCAGAAUUAUUAUAUUUCCCAUUAAUUGCUUUUGGUAAUGUUAUGGGUUAUAAAAUCCUUUCUAGUAAACCAGAAUUAGAACAAACUGAACCUGUUAACAAUGUUGGUGGAUUUAUAAUGUAUAAACAAAAAGGUACUAGAAGCGAUGGGAGUGUGGUGAUUGUGCCAACAAUACAUGAUUUACUAGCAAUAGCAUCUCAAAAAGCAGCAAAUAUGAUUGUUUGCUUGCCAUACAAUUUACAGACUUUACCGCAGCAAUUGUUGCCAAAUUUCGAAAAUUUUAAAAAAUUAAUUCUGUGGUUUGGAAAUGACGAACCUAGUUGGUACACAGCCAAACAAUUCGCUAAAAAAUUAAAUGAGAAGAGAUGUUACUUUGUGAGGCCAAUUGACAUGCAACCUAGACCAAAAGAAGCUGCUGACAGAGGUUACAAUCUGAAAAGCAUUUUGAUGAAUGCGCAACCUAUCUGGCACAAAAGUAUUACUGUCUUUGACGAUUUGAGGCAAGAUGUAUUAUGCGAUUUGCAAAAUAUGGAUAGAGUUCAAGGUAUAAAGUGGAAGAGAUAUCCUGCUUUAAAUCGAAUUUUAAAGGGACACAGAAGAGGAGAAUUAACGAUUCUAACUGGUCCAACUGGCAGUGGCAAAACUACUUUUAUGAGUGAGUAUUCGCUAGAUUUAGCAAUGCAAGGUGUCAAUACACUAUGGGGUAGUUUUGAAAUAAGAAAUGCUCGGUUAGUUAGAACCAUGCUGCAACAAAUGGCAGAGGUGUCUUUGGAAGACAACUUGGAUAAAUUUAACACAUAUGCAGAUGCUUUCAACAAGUUACCAAUUUACUUUAUGACUUUUCAUGGUCAGCAAAACAUCAAAGUUGUUAUGGAUGCAGUUGAACAUGCAACAUAUGUGCAUGACAUAGCUCAUGUGAUAAUUGAUAAUGUGCAGUUUAUGAUGGGCAUGUCAGAAGAUGUGACCAAUGAUAGAUUUUGGAAACAGGAUAAAAUCAUAGCAGAGUUCAGAAAUUUUUCUACAAAGUAUAACUGCCAUGUCACUUUGGUUAUACAUCCGAGAAAGGAGCGAGAUGAAGAAUUGACAACAUUGUCUAUUUUUGGCAGUGCUAAGGCAAGUCAGGAAGCUGAUAAUGUAUUAAUUAUACAAGAUAAAAGACUUACUAGCAUAAAAGGAAAAAAGUAUCUACAGGUUGCAAAAAAUAGAUACAGUGGAGAUUUAGGUAUAAUGAUUCUAGAAUUUGAUAAAACCAAACUCAGCUAUGCGUAUAAAAAGAAGGUAAAAUCAGAAGACACAAAUAAAAUAAAAGAGACGAAAGAAGCUCCAUUAACAAAAAAAUAAAACUAGUCAAAAUAUGACUAAGGUAAA